GGGCAAAAAAAUGGACCUGCUGUUCCUCUUAGCAGCUGCAUUUCUGGUUGCAGAAGCUCAGGCCUGCCCGGAAGUCUGUGUCUGUGUGGCGAGGAAGAACUACAGCCGUCACAUAGCAGACUGCUCUUACCAGGACCUCCACGCAGUCCCUGCUGGCCUUCCCGCAAACGCGACCACCCUGACUUUGUCGGUCAACCGCAUCACCUCCCUCCGAGAAGACUCCUUCAUCGAAGUCAGCCAUCUACAGGGCCUGUGGUUGUCCUACAAUGAGAUCAACACCAUCAGGAAGGGCACUUUCGGCUUCCUGGCGCAACUGAAGAAUCUGGAUCUCAGCCACAACCAGAUUACGGAUUUCCCGUGGGGGGACCUGCGAAAACUGACGGCUCUGGAGUUGCUGAAGUUGAGCAAUAACUGGCUGGAGAAGGUCCCUCUGGAGGCCUUCUCCACACUGAAGGACCUGAGGUCUCUCUGGCUGAAUGACAACAGACUCACCAUCCUCUCCGAAGGCACUUUCGACUCCAUGCCUUUGCUGUCCUUGCUGCAAAUGAACAACAACCCUUUCAAUUGCUCCUGCAAGAUCUGGUGGUUGAAACGGUGGCUCGAGAGCUCUUCCGUUUCCGCCCCAGAGAAGGAAUCCAUCACGUGUGCCACUCCUAAAGACUUGAAAGGUCACGUUCUUUGGAGAACCUUGGCUCUGGACUGCAGACUUCCCUCCGUCCAGCUGACUUACCGUUCCAGCCUGGACAACUCCGUCUUGCAUGACGGACUUAGCCUUCUGCUGGACUGCAGUGCUGUGGGGAAGCCGCAGCCGGAGAUCGGAUGGAAAAUCCAGAUGUCUGGCCAAACUGUGGUGAUCAACGGGCCAAACGCAGAAGAAGAAGAAGGAGACAACUUGCUAGCGGAUGCAAGCUCCGAGGAGAGCCCAGGGCGUUUUCUGGUCUUCAGGAACGGCUCUAUGGCCAUCUCGAAGUUCAGCAAAGCGGAUGAAGGGAUCUACACCUGCCGGGCUGUUAAUGAUGUUGGGUGGCGGGAGGUCUCGGUCAAUGUGGCUUUGAGCAGCUCGGAAAACCCAGCGGACGAUCUCCUCCAAAACGACAUCCAAGCCAGCAAGCCCCGAUCCAAGUCCUGCGACAAGGAAGAGCUUCCCCCGUCAGAAGAGAAGGUGGUGGUCAUCUACCUAACGCCGACGGGGUCAAAGACCACCACCAACAGGGGAAUCCUUUGGGAGCCCUGGCUGUGGGGCAGCUGGUUGAUGCUUUUCUCACUUGCUUUGUAGACCUAAAGCUCUCGAAUUCCUGUUAAUGAGCGUACAAAUGUAGUCCUGGACUAUGGAGGUAGAAAAUGGAAACGUGCCUUUCAACUUGCACUGAUCGGAUCAGGGGUUUUCAUCAGUUAUACUAGCCAGCUCCC